ACACUAGACCUCACCAGAAAUUAUUCAUUAUAUUUCAUGGAAUUGGUCUAUACACAGGAUGAAAAUAACAAGUGGGGCGGACAUGGAAAUAAUUAAUCUCUAUUUAAGCACUCAAACUCCUUGAUCAUUAUCAUCAUCAUCAUCAUCAUCAUUAUCACUAUUCAUUAGUUUUACAAGCAAAUUAAACUGUGGCCAUGGCUAUUCUCCGAUCAUUUCUAGCGAUCAUCUGUAUUGUAUUGGUUGCUGCCACUAGUAUGAAACCAACAUCUGCAAAUCUAACUACUCAUUUCUACACGAAAGGGUGCCCUCAGGCACUACCAGCCAUCAGAAAAGCUGUCGAGCGGGCCAUCAAACGCGAGCCACGGAUGGGGGCCUCUCUAGUUCGCCUGCACUUCCAUGACUGCUUUGUUAAUGGGUGUGAUGAGUCAAUUCUGCUUGAUGACACUUCCAACUUCACCGGUGAGAAGACAGCCGUGCCAAAUGCGAAUUCGAUCAGGGGAUUAAACGUGGUCGAUGAUAUCAAAAAAGCUGUUGACAAAGCUUGCAAGAAAAGUGUGGUCUCAUGCGCAGAUAUAUUAGCAGUUGCAGCUCGUGAUUCCGUUUCCAUUUUGGGAGGCCCAACUUACAAAGUACAAUUGGGAAGAAGGGAUGCAAGAACUGCAAGCGUAAAUGAUGCAAACAGAAAUCUUCCUCCUCCAUUCUUCAACUUCCCACAGCUUCUCUCAAACUUCGAAGCUCAUGGUCUAAACCUAAAAGACUUAGUUGUGCUCUCAGCAGCCCACACCCUUGGACUUGCUCGGUGCACCACCUUCCGUGCCAGGAUUUAUAACGAUACCAAUAUAGACCCACAAUUUGCAGCCUUGGCUAAAAAAAAUUGCCCAACAAGUGGAGGAGAUGACAACACAAGGCCACUAGAUGCAACUUCAAAGAGAUUCGAUACUGUCUACUUUGAGGCUCUGUUGAAAUCAAAGGGUCUCCUCCACUCUGAUCAGGAGCUCUUUAAGGGUAAUGGUAGCGAUAGUGAUAAGUUGGUGCAGCAUUACAGCAAGAACUCAGCUGCUUUUGGAAAAGACUUCGCAAAUUCUAUGAUCAAGAUGGGCAACAUCAAGCCUCUCACUGGAAACGAGGGAGAAGUCAGACUGGACUGCAGGAAAAUCAACUAGGAUCGAAUUUGAGAUACUAUAUUGUUCAAAGAUUUUCGUGUGUCGUUAAUUAUUUAUGUAUAUCAAUUUUGUGUAGCUUGAUACCCAUUGUUAGUCCAUUUCCUAAUAGCUCAAGCUUUUAGGGUGUUAUCUAACAUGUAUCAAAGGCUUGGUUUGUGGGAGGUACUGUGUGCAAAGCCUCCAAUAUAUAUUUAUCAUUCUUCACUUA